CCUAUAAAUACAGCUACAGAAACAGUAAUGCAUAUUCAUAUAAAAUUCUCAUUUACCCUACAAACUCAGAUUACAAGAAAAAAUGAGUUCAAUCUUGCUCAAGCUCUCGGUACUCGUCUGCUUAUCCGUCCUCUCAUCUGCUGCGCAAGAUUUUGAUUUUUUCUACUUUGUUCUACAGUGGCCUGGAUCAUACUGUGAUACAAAGCAAAGUUGCUGCUAUCCAACAACAGGCAAACCAGCAGCAGAUUUUGGGAUUCAUGGACUUUGGCCUAAUUACAAGGACGGCUCUUACCCUUCCAAUUGUGAUUCUAGUAACCCCUUCGACCGCACAAAGAUUACGGACCUAGCCAGCAGUAUGCAAAAGAAUUGGCCUACACUAGCUUGCCCGAGCGGGGAUGGAAUGACGUUCUGGUCACAUGAAUGGGACAAGCACGGUACAUGCUCCGAGUCCAUUCUCGAUCAACAUGGCUACUUCAAGACAACUCUUGACUUAAAGAAGCAAGUAAAUCUUCUCCAGGCUCUACAGAGUGCAGGUAUACAACCAAAUGGAGAUACAUACAGCUUGAGCAGUAUUAAGAGUACAAUUCAACAAUCAAUAGGUUACAAUCCAUGGAUUGAAUGCAAUACCGAUGAAUCAGGGAACAGCCAGCUUUAUCAAAUUUACUUAUGUGUAGACACUUCUGCAUCAAACCUUAUUGAAUGUCCGGUGUUUCCACAUGGAAAAUGUGCCUCAGAAAUUGUCUUCCCUUCGUUUUAAUUAGCAACAACGCUAAUUAUAUUAAUAAUCACUUAAUUAUAUCCAA